AUGAGCGGCGCGUCGCGCGGCGACGGCGGGGGCUACUUCACGAACGACCGCGCGGUCAAGUACGGCUACGGCGUCCCCAGGCUCGCGCUCGUGACGCUCUUCGCGUUCGAGAUCGUCCCUCGGCUGUUCCUCGCGGCGGAGCGCGGAGGCUCCGCCACGUCCGCGGCGACCUCGAGCGCGUCCGCCGCCGACGCGGCUUUCGAGUUUUUCACGUCGUCGCCGCCGGCCGACCCGCGGCGAUGGGCGCUCACGCUCGCGCCGUAUCUCGCGUCUCGAAGGUUCAUCGGGCACGUGUACAUCGGCAGCAUCGGCGCGGGGGUCAACGUCCAGGUGUUAGGUUUCUUCGGGAACAUCCUCAUGCUCCUCCUCGCGGCGUUCGCGUGCGUCUGGGACGCGAAGCGCGAUCUAUCCAUCGUGAUUUACCUCAUGAAGACCUUCGCGGGGGACCAGCUCGCGGGGAAGCUCGACACCGCGGAGUGGAAGCUCGUGCUGUUCUUCACGUUCGGGUGCAUGGCGCCGUGGGUGUACUUCGCGAGCGGGUCGAUGGACGCCGCGGCGAGCGCGUUCGCGCUGUACGCGAGGAUUUUGCCGAUUUUGUUCCUCGUGCAAGCCGUGUGCGAAUACGGAGACGCGCACUACGAGCGAUUCGUGUUUUUCCGGCAUCGGUACGGCUUUGAGUUUUUCACGCUCCUGGCGCUGACGUCGCUCCCCGGAGGCAUCACCCCCGAGGAGCUCAGGGUCGUGCAGUACGACCUCGUGAUCUGCCUCAUGUACCGCGUCUCGAACUUGAUCAUCAUCGCGAACAAAAACGGUCUCUGCAGCGGCGUUUUAGGGUGCUUCACGAUCGCGGCGCGCAAGCUUUGCUUCGCCGCGUUUGGCGUCCUGCGAGGCCAACGACUGGUAAACGUCACCGACCCCGAGGUGGCGACCGCGGUGAUGCGCGCGAGCGUCGUGAAGGGCGACGCGCUCGAGAGGCACGUCGCGACGCCGGCGUGGCGGCCGCUGCUGAGCCUGGAGUCGGUGGACGGGGAGCUCCACUCGUCGAUGAUGCGCGAUUUCCACGACUUGGCGCGACGGCUCCCGAGCCCGGGGCGACUCGGGGAGAUCGCGACGCGGCGCGUCACGGAGCUGAUUCGCGCGCACGAGCUCAAGGCGCGCAUCGCGAAAGCGGCCAAGGCAAAGGAGCUGGGCGUGGACGUCGACGUCGCGAUCGACGCGCGCGCGGUGGCGAGGCUAUCUCUGACGGUGUUCGUCGAGUACGUCUUCGGGCGACGGUGGGAGCCCGCGUUUGAACCUCUGCUCGACGCGACGUGGGAGUGGCGGAAGGAGAUCGCGGUGCGCGGCAAGGCGGACGUGAAGCUCAAACGGAUCGCGGUGGACGUCGUCGUGAACGACUUGCUGCGGAAGCACCCGGUGCUGUGGCACGUCCACGGCGAAGACUGGGCGAAGCCGCGGUAUUACUCUCUGAUUCUUCAGCCGUAUCUCGUGUCUCCCGCGAUCAACGUCGGGGACAUCGCCGUCGCGAUGGCGCGGCACCCGAACUUAUCGCUCGAGAACGCGAUGCGGCGGAUGCAUCCGUUCCCGAUAUUCGAGCGCUACGUCGACAGGGACGUUUUGAUUCGCGGGAAGGUGGUCGUUCGCGCGCACACCCAGGUGAUCAUGUUUACGACGGAUUUCGCGUCGACGCGAUACCGAAACGCGCAGUGGCCCGUCUUCGGCGCGGGGCCCAGGGCGUGCGCGGGGACGCAGCUCGCGCUCGGGAUCCUCGCGGCGAUUCGGAACAACAUGGUCGGGCACGAGCUGUUCGAGCCGACGAUCGGGCACCGGCACUCGGGGCGGCACAACGACGGCGUGACGACGCCGGCGGAGGCGUUUUACAGCGCGGCGACGAUUCUGCCGAUCGUGAUGGGGUGGCGCGGGGACGAGUUCAGCGACGACGCGGAGUCGUUGGAGCUCGCGGCGGCGGCGGCGCUGAGCGGGCGCGUGCGGUGA